GGGCGGGACGUGCUGGGCAGACGGCGAAUCGGCGCGGGCAGGCGAGCUUAACGGACGGCGGCUUCCGCCAGUGGGAGAUGGUAGGCCGGGGGAGGAGCGGUUCCGGUGUACGCGCGGCCGGCAGCCGAGGUUGUCGGGGGAAUGAGCUCGGAGAAGGGGAACGUGGCGCGCAGGCGGCCCCAGCGCCACCAGAACGCGCGCGCCUUCAAGAACGACAAGUACGGCACCAGCGCGCGGCUGAAGAAAAUAAAUGGUAAGCUUCACGAUGGAGUGUGUCAGCAUUGCAAAGGUAUCUUGGAGUGGCGGGUAAAAUUCAGCAAGUAUAAACUACUAUCAAAACCUAAAAAAUGUGAUUUCAGUCCGUGCCUACAACCAUUGGAUACUACACUGGCUGAAUGGGCCAGUGUUCUGAAAGACCUAGACUAUGAAGAAUUUCAAUGGGUUAAGCUUCUAAAUGAAAGUGUGAAGUGCCUCCAGAAAGCUGUGAAAGAUCCUUACCAUAUUAUUUGUCGACCGUGUGCUAGUAAAUUAGAAGUUUGUGCCAAAUGUGGAAAGGAAAAAGAAAUUGUAAUUCCGAUUGAUAAAAGACAAGAUGGAACUGAGAAUAAGACUACUACAAACAGCCAGGAGAGCGGACUGGAGGAUGAACUGGAUUUUGACACAAACUUCAGUAGUACAGACAAUGAAGAAGAUUCUGAUAGGCUUGAAGAAAGAUUUAAAAGUAUGAAUUUUGAAAGGACAGAGAUACAAAAAGUUGAGUUUCUAGAAGAGACUAUACACAAUUAAUUGUGAUAGACUGGUGCUUUCGUCUGACUUCUACUCUGAAAACCUGUUUUGACAUUUAAGAUCUUCAUGUAUUGGCGCAGUGUGUUUUAAUGUUUGCUGUGGGGUAAGAGUAGAAUUUCUUGUAAAAAGACUCAGAGUUUGAAUCUUUAAGUACAGUUAUUUCUUGUGUAGAUGUUACUCUCUGUGUAAUUGUUAUGAAUCCAGCAUUACACAACUGUUGUAUUGCCAUUUGGAAAACUACAUGGACAUCUGUAGUACAAAUAAAAAGUACUGUCAUAAAAAUAGAAAAGUUAAACCAAUUAUAAUGAUUUUGAGGGAAGAACUUGCAUCUUUUGUCAGUGAGCUUCCAGAGGUCAUUUCUGGUAUAUCGAGUGAUCAUUGCUCUUACACCUGCUGUUUCUUUUCCAUGGAAAAGAAUUGAUGCCACUAAGUGGCAUCAAUGUGCAUUUCAUAUUUUUACCUUGUUAUUACCAACAUUUUGAAAUGAAAAAAAAAAAAAAGCUUAAGACUUCAGAAUUUUUCAUACAGGUUCUACACUUUCUUUUCUUUCGAAUGUAGACAUAAUGUAGUUUGCUUUGACACAAAAACACUUAGGUGUCAUGUAGGGAUGCUAGUAUAGAACUGUGUUUACUGAGUUACAGUUCAAAUGCUGUAUCAUUACAUAGCAAGAUAUGUAGUUAUAGUUUUCCUGAUUUUCAGUUCUUCGUAGGGAUUAUUUCAGUGUAGACUAAGCUCUAGGAAGAACUUAACUGAAAUGAACUUCUGCUGGAUUCAGUAUGGUUUGAUUUCUUUUACAUCAUCUGCCACAUCUAUAAAUAAUGUGGGAUAAGUGCUUCUUGUUUAUUAAAUGGUUUAGCCUAAGAACAGAUGACAAUAUAGUUUUUACUGACCACUUAAAAAUUACCCGGCUUAUUUGGUGUUCUGUCUGAAUUGCAGUACCAGGCAUAGCAAAAAAUUUUAUUCCAAAACUGGCUUCUUCAAAUGAAUUGUGACAGACUUGGACUUGGAUUUCUCUUUUUCCUUCAAAAUAUGGAAAUAUUGAAACUUUUGUUUCUUUGGGAUAGGGAUAGCCACCGUUGUCUCUGCUGUAGCUGACUUUAAAAGAAAAUCUGGUUACCAAGAUGCGGAGUGCUAAGACAUACAGUGGUCAGUAACAUAGAACCUCUUCAGAUUGAAAUGACAGUAUUAGUAUUUAGUCUUGAUAAUAAUACACAGCAGCAAAAUUCUUGUAAUCAUUCAUCUGGCAUUGAGCUCAUACCUCUUAACUGCUUAUGUGCUUGUCACUACACGUAAGGCCUUAUGCAUUAAGCUAUUUAUCAUCUUUUAUUUAGAUUUGUCUUUCACUUUUAUAUAUUUUCAUGGGACAUUAAAACAUCACAUUCACUUUUUCUGAA